UCACAAAGUCCCCUUCUCUCAUUGCUCACAAAAUGGCGAAUGCAGCGUCGGGAAUCGCAGUGAAUGAUAAUUGUAACCACAAGUUUUUGGAGCUAAAAGCGAAGAGGAAUUACAGGUACAUCGUUUUCAAGAUAGAAGACGCCACCCAGCAGGUUGUGGUGGAGAAGCUGGGCGAACCCAACCACAAAUACGAAGAUUUAAUCGCCAGCCUGCCCGCUAACGAGUGCCGUUAUGCCGUCUUCGAUCUCGAUUUCACCACUGAAGAAAAUUGCCAGAAGAGCAAAAUCAUCUUCAUUGCAUGGUCUCCGGAUUCAUCUCGAGUGAGGAACAAAAUGGUGUACGCGAGCUCAAAAGAUAGAUUUAGAAAGGAGUUGGACGGCGUUCAAAUUGAGUUGCAGGCCACUGAUCUGAGUGAAAUGAGCUACGACAUCGUCAAGGAGCGAGCUACAUCGCACUGAACCCCUCUUUGUUCAUUCCGAAUUCUUUACCCUGACAAGAA